AGCUUCUGUGGUGAAGUGAGGACCAGGUAGGCGGCGGCUGUGCAAGCAAAAAGGAGUACAAAAUGGCUAACCGAACCUCCGUAGCGUCCCGCCAGUCAUCUUCCUAUACAAGGCUGUUCGGUAGUGACCGCAACGCGUCUGCGCGCUCCAGCUACUCGAGCCGCCAGUACUGCGUUCCAGCGCGCGCUUCCCGGAUCUCCUUCAGCGCCUUUUCCGCUCCGCCGUCCGUCAUCGCGAGCAAGAGUGCGCGCGUGCGGAGCGCUAACUUUCCCCGACUCGCAUCCGGUACCGUGGACUUCGCCACGUGUGAGGCGAUCAACACCGAGUUCAGAGUGAACCGUACGAACGAGAAAGCCGAGAUGCAGCAGCUGAACGACCGCUUCGCCAGCUACAUAGAGAAGGUGCGCUACCUGGAGCAGCAGAACAAGCUGCUGAGCAGCGAGCUGACCCAACUCCGCGGCAAAGGCACCUCCCGAGCGGCGGAUCUCUAUGGCGACGAGAUGAGGGAGCUGCGCCGGCAGCUGGACCAGCUCACUAAUGAUAAGGCCAGAGUAGAAGUGGAUCGAGAUAAUCUAGCAGAAGAUAUUGAGCAUCUAAGAGAGAAGCUUCAAGAAGAGCUGCUUCAAAGGGAAGCAGCUGAAAACAACCUCCAGAGCUUCAGACAGGAUGUCGACAAUGCAUCCCUGGCUCGUCUAGACUUGGAGCGUAAGGUGGAGUCCCUUCAGGAGGAGAUCAUUUUCCUAAAGAAGCUUCAUGAUGAGGAGAUGGCUGAGCUACAGAUCCAGAUACAAGAUCAGCAUGUGCAAAUUGAUGUGGACAUGGCUAAGCCUGACCUGACCGCUGCACUGCGGGAUGUCCGUCUUCAGUAUGAAACUCUGGCCAGCAAGAAUAUCCAGGAGGCUGAGGAAUGGUACAAAUCCAAGUUUGCAGACUUGUCAGAUGCUGCUGCUCGUAACACUGAAGCCAUCCGCCAGGCCAAACAGGAUGCUGGUGAAUAUCGUCGGCAAGUGCAGAAUUUAACCUGUGAGGUGGAUGCACUUAAGGGCACUAAUGAGUCUCUGGAGCGCCAAAUGGGGGAACUGGAGGAUAACUUUGCUAUGGAGUCAUCUAAUUACCAGGCCACAAUUGCCUGUCUGGAAGAAGAAAUUCACAACAUGAAGGAUGAGAUGGCUCGUCACUUGCGUGAGUACCAGGACUUGCUGAAUGUCAAGAUGGCUCUGGACAUUGAGAUUGCUACCUACAGGAAGCUGCUGGAGGGAGAGGAAAGCAGGAUCACGACACCAUUGUCUAACUUCUCCUCCUCUUUUAGUCUGAGAGAAUCUAUGAUGGAAACCAAACCCCUCAUUGAGGGUCUGUCCAGGAAAGUGGUGAUCAAGACCAUAGAAACAAGAGAUGGUCAGGUGAUUAAUGAGGCCACUCAGCAUCAUGAAGACCUGGAGUGAACAGCUUUAUUUUUAAAAGAAUCUCACUGAGGAGCAUUGUAGGGAGAUGUAUCAGUGGGGUAUCACUUUUGGUGACACUAACCGUUUUAAUGUGCCUUUUUGCAAUUGUAGACAGAGCUAUAGAUGGGUGUUUCUUGAGCAGAAUGGAGGGUAGGCCAGUGAAAACCGGCUUUACACGGUGUUGUUCUCCACAAUUGCUAGUUUACACUGUACAAGUUGAACCACAGCAAUAAUCUUGGCUACACUGACUUUGUAUCAUUUGUCUGUUUGCAGUUUCUCCAAUGUAGAAGAAUAA